AUGGCUCACAUCAUCGCUGGAAGAUCAGAGGAGCGGGAUUCGCCUAUUGUGAUGGACGAACCGGCAUGUCUGGAACGCAACGUGAUCAUGAGGAUGAUCAAUGACCAUAGCUUCACCAUCGACCAGGCAAUUCAUGAGAUUUGUGAUCUCACUGCUGCAGCUUCAGCCGAGGAUUUUCAAGCCAGCACUUCGAGUGAGACUGGAGUCGCCCACAGGUCUCUACACCGGCACAGUGGACGGGUUCAGUGGAUUCUCCAGAAUCUGGCAGUUGCAGUACCUCAUGAUCGACAAUCGAGACUUAUUGAAUUUAUCCUCCGCCUCGAGAAAUCUACGGUACCUGACCCCAACCGUGGCGGGAUUGUAGGGGAUGGAAAGGAUAUCUUCUGGACGAGUGUGCCUUCGUUUUCACGAAACCUAGUCCGGCUUAUGGUUGAGCUCAAUGACAACGGCGAGUUUGACCCGGCCCAAGAGAAUCUGGCAGCUUUUCUCGCCCAGCUAUUUGAGGCAGGAUACAGUGGCUGUGAAAGGGUCCUGGACUGGACCUACGCUUACACCGCAGCCGUUUUCCAAACCGGUUUCACACCAGACAAGCGGAAUGUACGAAUGUUCUGCAUAUGGUUGAUCUAUGCCAAUAGGAAGCUGUGGUUGGAUACUCAAGGGCCCAAUCGGCUGUUCAGACAGGAAUUCUGGGAAGGAUGGAGGGCGCUCUUACUUGAUUGUCAAAGCUCCAAUCAAGAUUGGUGCUCGGAUGAGGAUACGCAGAUGCUUAUGAUGCGCGCUCUGGAUUGUAUGCACAUUACCCAAGCUGAGAAUUGA